CUGAAGUACUUCAUUCGCGUCUCUGCCCCACCACCUGCAACAUGCUCACGGAGCCCAGUUCCUCCUCAGCCAACAAAGUCACUGAUUAUGAAAACGCCACGGCCUUCCUCGGACAGUGGGGACGCUUCCAGCAGACCGUCUUCUUCCUSCUCGCCGCCUGCGUCAUCCCCAACGGCUUCCUCGCCCUGUCCUUCGUCUUCAUGGCGGACACGCCGGCUCACCGCUGCCUCCUGCCCGCUCACCUGAACCUGACCGCGGCGUGGCGGAACAGCAGCGUCCCGCUGGAGGUGGAUGGGAGCGGCGGCGCGGAGCCGGUGCCCAGUAAGUGCUCCAGAUACAAACUGGACUCUGUGCUGAGUUACUCGGAGAGAGGCUUGCUGCCCGGAGUUGAUGUGAAUUUGUCCAGCGUGCCGACAGAAGGCUGUUUGGAUGGAUGGGAGUUUGACCACAGCGUGUACACAUCUACCAUCGUGUCUGAGUGGAACCUGGUGUGUGACGAAAGCUGGAAGAAGCCCCUCACCUCUUCCUUCUUUUUCUGUGGUGUUCUCGCUGGCUCCUUCAUUUCUGGACAAGUUUCUGACAGAUUUGGGAGGAAAGUUGUGCUGUUCAUAUCCAUAGCGCUACAACCUGUCACCUCCAUCAUCUUGGUUUUCUCUCCAAACUGGGUUACCUUCUGUGUUUUGUAUUUCCUGCUUGGAUUGGAACAAAUUACCACUUAUGUGGUUGCAUUUGUGUUAGGGACUGAAAUAUUGGGUCGAUGGGCCCGAACAAUUUUCUCCACGGCUGGAGUGAGUCUCUUCUUUGCCAUUGGCUACAUGCUUCUGCCGCUGUUUGCUUUCUGCAUCAGAGGCUGGAGGAUGUUCCUCCUUGGGCUCACGGUACCCGGCUGCUUCCGCAUGAUUUUCUGGUGGUUUAUCCCAGAGUCUCCUCGGUGGCUGAUCUCUCAGGGAAGAAUAAAAGAAGCUGAAUCCAUAAUCAGAAAGGCUGCUAAGAUGAACAAAGUUGAGCCACCAGCGGCCAUCUUUACUCCUUUACAGAAUGAAGUGAAGUCUAAGGACRGAAUGGCCCACAACAUCUGUGACCUGCUACGUUUUCCAAACAUCCGAUGGAUCUCUGUCACGCUGUGGCUGAUCUGGAAUACCCUUACCAUCGGCUACUUUGCUCUUUCCCUGAAUACUGGAAACCUCCAUGGAAAUGCUUACUUUAACUGUUUCCUGUCAGCUUUAGUGGAGAUGCCGGCCUAUGGUUUGUCGUGGGUUAUGUUUCGCUGGUGUUCCAGACGACUGAGUCUUUCCUCAUCACUCUUUGCCGGGGGAGUGUUUCUACUCAUCACACAGCUUGUACCAGCACACUUGUUUUUUCUGUCCACAACAUUUGAGAUGAUGGGGAAGUUUGCGGUGUCAACAGCGUUUGCUGUUGUGUACGCCUACACGGCAGAACUCUACCCGACGGUGCUGAGGAACACUGCUGUUGGCGCCUGCUCCAUGGCCGCCAGAAUUGGCAGCAUCAUUGCUCCAUAUUUUAUUUACCUAAGUGUUGUCAAAAGCCACCUUACACCACCAGGCAAGCAAAAGAAGAGGAAACAAUCGCUGAAGAAACAUCUCUGGUCAGAAAGUGCAACGUUAAGAUUUGAAAUGAAAGACUGUGUGCACACUUCUGAAAAAUGGGAGGAGAAUAACUUAAAGAAAUCACUUUGUGUUACAUGAAAUUAUUUGUCUACAACACAACAGUGGGUCCGUGCAAAGCAAUUGUAGCAGCAAAAUACUGGAAGAUCUGCCAAUGAUGCUUUUUAUCUAUGCAAUUGUUAACUAGCACUGGUCACUUUCUGCUGUUUAAAAAGAUUGGUGCAUUUUGUGUAGACACUAAACAAAGUUUAACAAAGUAGAAAAUAUGUUUUUUUACUGAUAACAUUUAAACUUGAGAUUUUUCUAUCAGAUGUAAACCAUGUGAAAUUUUAUACUUCAGUUUCUAAUAAAUAUUGUUAGAAUCUAUUUGUGAAUUAAAAUAAUGUAAAAGUGAAACUGUUCUUAAUGAAAGAAAAUAAAGCUGACUUGGUAAACUUUAAGUC